AUGGCACAGGGAAGAAGCAGUGCAAUGGGCUUGGUGGCUUUGGUGUUUGUGUUUUUUGGGCUAUUAGAACUUAGCACCGCGACCACUUAUACGGUGGGUGACAGUGGAGGCUGGACUUUCGGCGUAUCUGACUGGCCAAAGGGAAAGAAGUUCGUGGCAGGAGAUGUGCUUGUUUUCAACUAUCCUGCCGGCAAUCACAACGUGGUUCCAGUGAACGCUGACGGCUACAACAGCUGCAGCGUUCCUCCAGGCUCCAAGACUUACACUUCCGGCGAGGACCGCGUUACCCUUAACAAGGGAGACAAUUUCUACAUUUGCGGCUUUGCUGACCAUUGCGAUGCCGGAAUGCAGAUACAAGCCAACGCUGCAUAGAGAGAGGUUAUAGUUAAAAGAGGUCGCAGUGGCUUUGAGGGUUGCAUCUCAUUUUUAUUUUCUUGUUGUG